AUGCAAAUCGGAAAAUUUAAAUUAGAUCAUUUGGUUGAAAAAAAUAAUGAAUGCAUAAUUUAUAGAGGUAGUUACUAAGAGGAUAAAUUCAUGAUAUUAUAAUUGAAUCGUGUAAUGAAUCAAAUAUUAUUAUAGUAACCAUUAAUGAAGGUUGAAAUAUAUAAUAAACAUUUCUAAGAAGAACUUAAUAUGUUAUUUAAGUAUUCUCGAAAGCCAACAAUAAUACCUGAAGAUUUUCCAUUUGAAAUACCUGAAUCGGAUGGAUUAGAUUCAGAUUUAAUUGAAUUUCCUUAAAUAGUUGAAAUAAAUCAAACAGAUAGUCAUUAUUAUUUCAUUUUAACUAAUUGCCUAUAAGGUUAAUUAUUAACAUAAGAAGUUGAUAAUCCAAAGUAUAAAUAGUACUAAUAUUUUAUCAUAGAACAUAUUUGCAGAUUUACACACUUUAUAAUUAUUACUAUAAAGAAUAUUAAGAAAGAAGAAUAAAAGAUAGAGAUUUUGCAUUAAUGAGAAUUUUUAGAAGCGAAAAUAAGUUGACAUUGAUAGAUUUCGGUUUUGCAAAUUUUUAAAAACAAUUGCCUAAAAAGUCUUGGUAAAUCAAAUUAGGGGAACUCUUUAGUCAUUUAUGUUAAUCGGAAGCUAAAAUAAAAGGAAGGAAUGUAAUUAACACUUUAUUAGCUGGAAAGUUAAAAUGGGAAGAAGUCAGAGAUUUUAUUACAAUAUCUUUUGGUUUAAAUGAUAUUGAUUAAAGUUUAUAAGAGAAUCUCAAUGAAUAAAAUGAUAGAAUAACACGAUCUAAUUCAAUAUAUACAAAAUAAUAAACUUAAACAUUGAGUAUGUUUCCAUAAGAAAUUAUUACUUUAAAUUAAAAUUCAGUUAGAAAAGCUUCUCCUUAUAAUAAUAGUCAUAAAUAACAAUCCAGAAAUUCUACAAUGAUGCAAACUAGAAUUAUAUCUUAUGGUAAUUAAUAAAAAGAACAUUUUUUAAAAAUUAGAUAAUCUUUAAGUCCUGGAUUUAGUGCAACUAAUAGAUUUCCUUGUAGACUAUUAUAAAUUGAUCAUUCUAUGCAAUAAUAAAGUCCAUAAAUUAGAUCUGUUUCAAGAAAAGCUUAACAUUUAAGCAUAUAUGAAAAAUAGCCAAUUACUAAACCUUUAGAAAAUUAGUUUGAAUACAAAAACAAAUCAACUCCAAGAGAACAUUCUUAAAAUCACUUAAAUUAAAUAUAAUAAUUAAUUGGAGAUCAAUAUUAACCUAUGUAAGAAUAAUAGAAAUAAAUCCAAAGAAAAUUAAUAUCCAUAACAACAAAUUAAUCCUAAUAUGAAUAAUCUUCUUAUACUCCUACUAUAAUUUAAAGAGGCUAAUCUUUAAAUGAGAAAUAAGAUGGCUAAUUUAAUUAAAAAAAUUAAGAUUUAAGACCUAAAUCCAGUAGAACUUAAGAUUAAAAAUAAGAAUUUAAAACCCUUCUUAGAGCUUCUACCCGAGAACUUUAGUAACCUUCUUAAAUUUAAAAGAAAUCAAAUUAAGAAUUUCCAGUCAAUAGAACAAUAAAUUAUUCUGAUACUUAAUCAUUAUUUGAUAAUUUAGAAAUUAAAUAAAUUAGAAAACCUUAGUCAAGAAGAAAUUCUUCUAGAAAAAAUAGUACAUAAAGUAUUGAAAAGAUAGAGUUAUCCAAUUGUAGUGCAGCUAAUCAAUCAUUAUUAAUUAUUAAUAAUAAUUAAGAUAACAAUCGAUAAUAAUUUAAAACACCAAAAGAUUAAAGAUAAAUGCAGUAUUCCUUUUAAAAUUCAUAAAUUGAAAAUUAAUAUUUAAAAAAAUAAAAUCCAACUAAUUUAUAAUAAUAACCAUAUGAAAUUUAGAAUUUUAAGUAAAAGCCUGAAAAAAUUAAUUCAGAUGAAGAUAACUCCUAUCUUGGUAAUUAUGAACCUUCUUUUGAAUAACGAUAAACUUAACCUAGAAUUUAAGAAAAUAUUGAAUUAAUAAAAAACAAUAAAUUAAAUGAGAUUGAAAUUCAUAAAUAAUUUGAUAAUGAAUAAUAAAUUAAACAAAAUAAUAAACAAUAUCAAAUUGAAAUGAAAGAUUAAAAGGAAAUUCCUUCAUUUUGUAAAGAUUAAUAAUAAGUAAAAAAUUAUUAAAUCAACUAAAAAGAUGAAAUUAUAAAAUCAACUAAUUAAGAUUAAAGAAUAAUUGUUGAAUCUUUAGAUGGAUAUUAAAAAUAGACUAGAAUAAAUAAAUAAAAUUCAUCCAGAUUACCUCCAACUCCAAAAAAUGAUUAAAUAACAAAAGAUUAAGGCAAAAUUGACUUGUAAUAAAAUAAUUAUUUAUAAUAUAAUGAACAAAAACAAUAAAAAGAUAAUAAUUCUGAAGAAAAUGCAAAUAAAUUAUAAAGAAUUGAAGAUACUCCAAAAUCAGACAAAAAAAAGAAUUCUGUGUAAUUAUUAUAAAUUCAUUAAAACAUUUAAGAAAUUAAGACAAAAAUAGAUGAAAAUGAAGCAAAUAGAAUAGCUAAAAUCUACGAAAAUUAAUUAAAGUAAUAAUUUUAAUUUAAAUAAGAAAGUAUGAUAUUAUCGGUAAAAUGGUUGGUGGAAAUGUGAAAUAUUUUUAAGCUUUAAAAAAUUUUUGGAUUGUUCCAUUAUUUCUUUGUUUUAAAAGAAUGGUUAGCUUUAGAAAAUUAUAUGAAGAGGGUUUGAGAGAUAAAAUAAAUUUUUUUGAUUUAGAUAUGGAUAAAGUAAAUUAAGUAGAAAAAAUAAGAAAUUUAGAAAUAAAGUUAAAAAAUGAUAAUAAAAUAGUAGUACAAGAAUUAGAAUCCUUGCACACUUAGUGUUAGAAAACAGCUUAAAAAUUUGAGCCAAAAGUAAAAUAUACAUAUAAAUUGUUAAUAGGAAUUAGCAAAAAUAUAAAAGUUUUUAAAUAUGGAUAUGUAGUAGGAUAUCAAAGACAUUUAUUUUGUAUACUUGUACACUUAGAUAUUUAGAACUUUAUAAAAUUUAAAAAUGAAAUGUGAAUCUGAUAAAUAAAAAACAUAAGAAAAUUUAAUAUUGUAAGCUAGUUGUUUAGCUUCACUCAUAAUAAGUGAAAUGCCUUUUAGUAGUGAUACCAAGUUUUUUGACCUUGAAGAAUUUGAAAAAUUGACUGAGAGUUCAUAAUAUAAUUAAUAAUAAUUAGAACAAUACAUAAAAACAAAAGAUGAAGUAAUUGGUCAUUUAAAAAAAAGAUUGAAUUCUAAAGGGAUUAAGAUCUGA